AUGAACACGCCCCACGCCCCCCGAACUGCGACGGCCCUGCCCCUCGACGACAACUCUCAAGACACAGGCAACAAUUCUUUUAGAGGUCGUGAUACCUCCCUUCGCACAGCUUCUCGUCCCAUACCAGUUCCUGCACACACACCUUCUCGUGCUGGGGCCUCCCUUACACCAAAUCCUCGUCGGCACGACCACGCCUACGCUACAUUGUCCACCAGUCCCUUGUCGUCCUUCACGCUUCCUGAUGUCUCUGUUACAACGCCGCCGCUUGCUCAUUUCCGUGCUGAUACAAUAGCACCGACUUCCAUACAAGAGGGCGAACUCCCGCAACCACAAUCCAAUACCCUGUCCAUUGGAUCACCGGCUAUUCCAAGACGCUCCGUCAGUCCUGUGGGAUCCUUGCGUAUCUCAACUGACUUUGCUACACGUCCCGUAACCCCAGACCGCCGUGAAUCAUUCAACAACAGCAACGGGAAUGGCAGUGGUUCAUCCCGUGGCUCGUUGACGUUGAACCACAGGGCUUCGUCCAACAGCCUUCAUCCCAUCUCCCGGACACCAAGUCUUAAAGCUGCCUUGACUAACAGUCUUGGUUCUGCCAGCGGCACAAGCAGUUUGGUGCCUAGUCCUAUUAUUUCUGCUAUGGGGGAUAUGACGCCCCUUCCAAGCCCGCUCAUGUCGGGUGAUUCCCCAGGACCCUGGAAGAGGCUGAGCGCAGGUUCUGCGUCACCUCCCCAACAGCGCCUCAAAAGCGUAGGAGAGGGCUCUGUUCUGGUUACGAGUACAGGUGAAUCGAUUGAUGCAGCACUUUCCAAUGGUGCCAAACGUAAAAUCUAUUCAACCCUCGAGCCCGGCGACCAUGUUCAUACACAAUCGCCUUCUAACCAGCAGCCACGACAGCAUACGAGAAACCGCAGCGUGAGCGAAUACGUUCCUGAUCCUAUGGGCAUUCCUAAGAGACAAAUAUCCGUUUCAGCACGACCCAACGCCGAGGCUUCAGCACGGUCCCAUGAACCCCAGCUUCGAAGAGAGCUUAACCUUGCAGAAUCGCGAGGACUUACCCCUUCUGUGGUUCAGCCACCAACUCCUCCACCAAGCGAGUCUUCGCGAGACUCUGCUGAUGGCGCCGGCAAGCCUAAAGGACCCCGAUUCGAAUAUUUCGAAGCAAACGGACGCAAUGAUAAGAAGCGGCGCCGAUGGAGGGCCGUGCGAAUGCUUGGUCAGGGAACCUUCAGUAGGGUCAUGUUGGCUACAAGCCAGAUUGAACCCGACGAAGACUCUCCCGAAGUUGAUCAUGGAAGGCUGACACCAAAACCGGAACAGAGCCUUGACCGUAAGACUUUGGUUGCCGUGAAGGUCUGCGAGCAUGGUCCAAAAGGCGGCGCCAGCGAGGAACGCGUUGAGAUGAGUCUAAAACGUGAACUUGAAAUCAUGCUUUCCAUCCACCACCCCUCGCUUGUCGACCUAAAAGCUUGGAGCAUUGAGCCUACUCGGGCCAUCCUUGUCUUGAGCUAUUGCCCUGGAGGUGAUAUGUUUGAUAUCGCGACCAGCCACCGUAGUGUGCUCAAAGAGCCUCUAUUACGAAGAAUAUUUGCCGAAAUGGUUGGUGCAGUGAGCUAUCUCCACGAAAGGAGAAUUGUUCACCGAGAUAUCAAACUCGAGAAUGUCCUCGUCAACCUCACCCCCUCUGAGCUUGCAGACCCAUCAAUCGACUGGGCUACCUACCCUUACUCAGUGGUAAUUCUGAGUGAUUUGGGCCUUUCGAGACGCAUCGCCGAUGAUGAGAAACUGGAAACUCGAUGUGGAUCAGAAGACUAUGCAGCCCCCGAGGUUAUCAUGGGACAACCUUACGAUGGACGAGCUACCGAUGCUUGGUCACUCGGUGUUCUUCUGUAUGCUCUUCUAGAGGCUCGGCUUCCCUUUGAUCCUCACCCAGGUAUGAGUGAAGCGCAUCGCAUGCGCAGUCGCACUAGCCACCGUAUCGCGAGAGUCGAAUGGAAAUGGGUAGAAUAUUACGGUGAUGACACCGACCACGAUGGCGACGAAGCUAAGUUCAAGCAAAAGGGUCUCCUCGGUGCUAUGGAGAUCACAGAGGGGUUGCUAAGGCGAGCUAGGGGUCGUUGGACCGUCGACAAGGUAGCCAAGACUCCCUGGGUUCAGGGUGCCAUCAACGUCGAAGGCGGAAUACGUUUCCGCGAAGAGAAGGACGGCGAGGAAGUUUCCUGA